GGGAUCUUGGACAUCUGCAGAAGCACGAGACUAGUUCAGGACGAAUGGACGUGUGCGAGGAGGUGCUGGACAGGAAGAUGGCGGCCCUGGAGCUGCGCGAGGGAAUCGCCGUGAUUAAUGGCGAGGGCAGCGAUAGCGGAGUGGAGUUUGUGGGCGCCAGUUCGCGCGAGACUGCGGCCGGAGUUGGUGUGCUGGAGAGAGCGCUCAGCAGCAACAGUGGCGGCUACGCGAGCAGCGCCGGAGGCUACGAGGACGCCGCCGGGACGGUGUCCUGUAACUCCAGCAUGGUGAGCUUCUGCUCGGACACGUGCGAGAAGACGCUGAGCGGAAUGCUGAUCCAGCGGCACGAUUGCACGAGCGAGGGCGGCGGCAGCGAGAGCUCGUCCGUGUCGGGACAGCCGCUGACCAGCCGGCGUUCUGUGGGGAAGAAGAAGGUGGCGGUGAGCGAGCCGCCGGCGCCAAAGACGGCACUGGUGAAGAAGACUGCAGAUCCGGGAGUGUUGAGAGCGAGAGGAAGAGCGACUUCUGCCACGAGGAGCACUCCAUUCCUGGCCACCUCUGAGAGGGCGAGAUCCCGUGAAAAAGUGCCUCAGCCUCCGUUCACGACGCUCACGAGGACCAAUUCUGUGAGGAGACCCACGAAAUUGGACACACAAGCACCGCUGAAGGACGUCUCGUCGCCACAGAAGAGCACAAUCACGAGGACUCCGUCGCUGUCGCGAGGCAGAACUCCUGGCGUGACGCCCACUGACGAUCGGCGAUGGCCCUCCGUGGGCAGUCGCAAUGGCCCGACUGUUCCUCGGGCCGGACGACUCUCCACUCCGACCAGCGAUGUGGUGAACGUGAAGACGAGACUGGGCAUUCUGGCGCUGGAGAAGAGCUCUCCCCUGGACAAGUACGGCACAUUGCCGAGGCGGCGGAAAGAGAUGCCGAGUGAGGAGGCGGAGAAGACUUCCAGGAGCAACUCUAUGUCCAGAGAUGUCUCGCGAUCGCGACGCUCCACACCGAAAGAUUCUCCGGCCAAAACUCUUCCCGUCUAUCCGAGGACGCCUAAGAAGGCUUCGCCGAAGACAAAGAUCUAUCACGAAAUGUCCAUCCAGACGGCGAUCACCAGCCAAGACGUUGCAGACGCAUUUGCGGGAAGUGCCAAAUACAUCGAUGCUCACGCUCCUGAAACCACAUCGACUGGCGUUCAGUCGGAUAUCCGCGAUCGGGAGAUUGAAGCCCUCGAGACUACGGUGAACAGACUAAAGGAGGAUCAGAUGAGUCUGCAGAACAGCCUGGCUGAGCGGGCGCAACAAAUCAACGCCAUGCAACAGGAAUUGAUGCGCGAACGUGAGGAAAAGCUCCUCAUUCAGCGAGAGCUGCAAUCGAACUCUGAGCGAGUGUUCGCCAUGCUCGAGUCUGUGCACGUGACGCCGUGCAGCGAGGCGGAAAGUGCGGACAGCUUGAUGAUACUGGAGUCGAAGUUGACCACGGAUGUGCACGUGGCGGAGCAGCAGAAGGCGGAGAUUAGCAAGCUCAGGUGGAUUUGCAACAGCCUUCAGCGCGACUUGCAGCAAUCGCUGGAGCGCGAGAAAGUGCUGAUUGAGGAUCGCGAGUCCGCCGACAAGGAGGCUCAUGAGCUGCAGGAGUUCCUGCACAAUGAGAAGGUGUCCCUGAUGGACGCCCUGAAGGAGGCUGAGGUGGAGACGCAAUCGUGGCAGCACAAGUGCCGGCAGAAGGACGCGGACAUCGAGAGGCUGCAGGAGGAAUGUCGCCAUCUAGUCAGAACGACUGAGCAGCGAAGGCAAGAGAACAUGGGAAUGCAGGCCAAGUACGGAGCUCUGGAAGCACGGAGCAAGGAUCUGAUUUGUCAGCAGAGCGCCGCGGUUUCCGGUGCUUCAGUGGCGCUCUCAAAUCUCGGCUCCAGACUGGACAAUCUCGUGGAGCAGCUGAUAUCUUCCUACAACAUCUCCGAGCAGGAUCUCGAGGACGUCGUCUACCACAAUGAGGCGUACUCGCAGAGUGCCAGCAGUGGCGAGGGCAGUCCAGAGUUCGAGAUUGCGAAGAAAUUGGCGGCGAGCAACAAUGAUGGAUCUUUGUCGCCGCAAAGAAGUCACUCAUUCAUUGCCGUCGUCAUCAAUGCCAUAAGGAAUGCCACAGCCAUUCAUCGACAGCAGCCGGAAGCGCCCGCUUCUGCUGCUAGAAAGGACACGGCGGCUCUAUCGAUAGAAGACUCUGACUCUACGGAGAUGCUCGACUCGGAGACUGAACCCUGCCUCAUGAUGGAGAAUGUCCUGGAAGAUGUCACGCUGCCCGAUUCCCAUUCGCAGAACCUUGUGUCGUCGUCUGGAAUGGCGCUGUCGCAGAUCGAGUGCCCGACAGAAAUGAUGAAGCACGACGAUUCGCUAAACAAUUUGUCACAGGCCAUCGCCAAUCGACAGCAGAUUGAGCUGCAGACGUCGCUCAUGAGAGACGUGCGGUCGUGCUUGAGGCAACAAUCUGGGGAGAACAGCUUGUCUGAGGAUAUUAGCGUGCACGAGUCAAUGGCUGAGAUUCCAUCAAUCAGCGAAUUUGGCUCAGCUCAGACGCUCGUCGACCAAGUCAUUCAUGUGGACAAUCUCGUGACGAGACUCCUCAAAGUUCUUCGCAUUGUUCAGCUGGACAAUGACAAUUGCAUUCAGCAUCUCAUUUCUGACAAAAACAAAUUGCAAGUGAACAAGGAUGAAAUGGUGGAGAAGCUGAAGGAUUGGGAGGGUGUGAACAGUAAGCUGAAAGGUGAACUGACUGACGCUUCUCAGCAACUUUGCCAGAAGGCCAACGAUUUGGCUCUCAGUCGGACUGAAUUGCAGAAGCAUCGCGCUGAAAUUGAUAGACUGAAUGAGGAUAUUUGUAAUUUGAGCACUCUGUGUCAGAGUGGAGUUAAGAUGAUGACCAAGGAGGACGUUCUGGCCACAAUACAGUCAUGGAAGGUGGAUGGAAGUGUACCUGAGCCUGAGCUUAUCUCCUCCAUUGUGACAGCCUGCCAGGAAAUUCCGUCCCUGAGAGAGCAUUUUCUCCUCAAAGAGCGUCAAUUGUUCGGCGGCUCUGGGCAGAUCAUAAGCGAGGCCAAGAAGCAGUAUGAGGCCAUCGAUAGAGCGCUGGAGAUUCUCAAUGGUUGCCAGUCGAUUGUGGAUCAGUGUCCUGCCCUCAGGAAGCUGCAGAGUGAUCUCGAGGAGACCAACUUCAAGGCGACAGAGACAAUUUCCCUGUUUUCCGCCCUUUUGGGCACAGCCAACGCCUCGUCGCCGGACAUGAAUGCCAACGCAGCGUCUAGCACGAAUGGCAACCGCGGUCUUGAGCUCACAGUCGAUUCUACAGCUUGAAGACGUCGUCCCAAUUGUGAUCCUCCGGAAGUCCUGUGAGAAGAUUUUGUGCAUUUCUCUGUGUAUAUGUAGUGAAUACCUUUGAUUUUAGCGAUAUGACGUGAGGAGGAAGUUUGAAUUGACCGUCAUAGACUUCAAUAUCAAUUAACGUGAGAGAAGUUAUAUUUACAAUAGAAUUUACUCUAUAGACUAGACCUUAGAGACAUUAUUAUUGAAUUUAUCAGAGAUAUAGAGAGUCAUUAAUCAUUUGCAAUUAGGCUGUAAGUUUUAAUUUAUGGACAUUAAUCAUGAGUUUAGAAUCACUCAAUUCUCAGCGACGUUUUCUUCAUUUGCCAAUAGACUUUUAUGCUUAAAAUACAUAUAAUUAUUUCUUUUUUUUUUCUUAUUGUGGUAAAGCUCACUUGAGCAAAAGUUGAAUUACAAUUUCACUUGAUGACUCUAGAGAGUAUGGAAAUGUAGUUUCAACCCUUCGGCCAAAUCUAAGUUUGUAAUAAUAUCGAUUUUCAAGUGGAGAAAGAAUGGAGAAAAUGGAAAUGGAUAAUAAUUAAUAUUCUGUCCUGCAAUUUCACACUGAAGGAUGCAUUUUCCCCAGACUGGGCACGAUUUGUUUCUAUUCCUCAAUGAUUUACUGUUGGCACUCUCGCGCGACACCCUCUCGAUGUUUGCGUAGAGUGAGAGAGAGAGUGCAAUAAAGUGUGUGCUCUGAUACUGAGAUAAAUCCCGGAUUUUCAUUCAUUUGUUGAUCCAAAGUCUCACCGUUCGGUCGCAAUUGUGCUAUCAGAGAUCAGUUUUCACAGUGAUUUCGUGCUCACUUCCUUGCGCUCGGAAUUGUUGUUUUGUUGCGUGAAGAAUGUGUGAAAAUUGCAUAAAUUGUAUGAUAAUCUCUCAAUUUGGCCCAUUGCGAUGAGGCGAGAGGUAAUUGAAAAGAAUUUAUUGCUGUUUUUGAGUGAUGUUACGACAAAUAAUAAAUUUCAUCUUCCAAAUUUACAUGUA